GUUACAUUCUUCAUUAUACAGUAAUGAUGGCCGCGAAUCAUUGGAAAGCACUUUAGCAUUUCGCUUUGGUUUAGCUGUUUUUCUUAGACUUUUUCAGUAUAACAGAAAAAUUUUGACAUCCAUGGAUCAGAAAGUGGCAAAGAAAACCCAAGACACGCUAGGGAAGGUCAUAAAGAAACCUCCUCUAACAGAUAAAUUGCUGAGCAAGCCUCCAUUCCGAUUUCUUCAUGACAUAAUUACCGAGGUACUCUGUUACUUGCAAUUUUCAUGCUUUAUUCAUAGAGUGAACACUUUUCUUAUGCUUUUCUGUUUUGAACGAAAUUUUAGGUUAUCAGGAACACUGGAUUUCUUAAAGGGUUGUACACUCCAGAUGAGAUGGACUCGGCGAAUGUCAAGGUACAGAACACUUCACUCGGCGUCCGCUAAAACGAAGCGUUAUUUUUGUUGGCUGUAUUUCUCCUUUUCUCUGAUUGACCACGAUCGUGGAGUUUUAUUGACUUAACAGAUCGUUUAUCUCCUUUUUUCUUCGAAGGAUAAAGAAGCUAAGAUUGCAUUUCUUCAGAAAGCGAUAGACGUCGUAGGUAAGGCUCGAAAAUGGCUCCUGUUGUGUGUUGCUAAGAUACGCAGCAACAUCGAUAGAAGUUUUUUUCCCUCGAAAACCUGUUCAUUGCGAAACCCUUUAAGUAUAACUGUCCAAGUUUUAGAAAGCCCUUUCAUACGUUUAGCGGUGUUGUGUCUUCCAGGCAAUAACGGAGGAAAAAAUAGAGUUUCUUGUGUCGAGGAGCUGAGCUAACACGACAUCGGUCGACCAUGUCGUGGUCCCAUAAAAGAAUUUUGUGACUACAAUAUUUAUAUAUUGAUACGAUCUUUGGCUUUUACGUACGUGCAUAUAACCUUUGGAAAUAAACGAUGAAAUUUUAAAGCUAGGGGCUUGUGAGGGUCGUUGUCUCUCGCAUGAUGUAAGACCCCAUAGAAGUCUCGUAUUCUUUUUGCGACUGGCACCUUGGUGUCAAAUCUUACAGUUUGAUGCGAUCCUAUUUGUAAAAUUAUUUUUCGCAAGAUACUUGUCUCAUUUACACAGCUGUUCUUUACCAGAAAAAAAAAUCCAUUCCUCUUAAUAAAUAUCUCUCACAUUUGAUUCAUUGUGAUAGCACAUAAACAGAUUUUUUUGCUCACCCCACAAGCUUUCUAGCCUUAACUCUUAUCUUGUCAAAAUACUGGUUUUAUGUUUAUGUUUUUGGUUAUAAUGGUAAAACAAUAUACAAAGGGAAAGAAUAUGCAGAUUGUAUUAAAAUUUAAUUGAAAUAAAAAUAUAAACUUUUAAUAAUUUUCCUAUUUUAAUGCAAUAGAAUUGAAGUUCGGAGUACAAUCAACUCUUGCCUUGGGGACACCUCGCUAUAACAAACACCUGAUAAUACGGACAGCAGCUAAACCCCAGGCUUAAAUAUAUUACAGACAUUUGACUGAAAUAAACUCCAGUUAUUACGGACUCUCGUUAAUGAGGACACUAACUUGAGGUCCCUACAGUGUCCGUCAUAAAGAGAGUUGACUGUAUUUCUUGAAUGCUCUAAAAAAAAUUAAAGGGAGCCCGGUGCUCCGAACUCAUGAAAUCCAGGGUGGCCAGCGUAUGAUUUCUAUGAAAAAGCAAAGAUUUCCUAUAGUUGUACCUCAACACAACAGCCACCUUUGGGACAGAAUACAGUGACCAUUAUAGAGGUGGGUGGCCCUUGUAGAGAGGUUUAAACAAGAGUCGAUGAAUGGAUUAUUUGCUCACCAGGACAAAAAAGGUGGCUAUUUGUGGAGAGGUGGCCGCAAAUGGGGGUUCGACUGUAGUUGCGUAAGAGCAAAAAUAAGGUACCAGGGGCCAUUGGGGCUACUACAGCAUGGCCCUGCAAUUGGUCCUUUCAGAGGUGAAGAAUUAUUCCUCUUAGCAGUGUUCUCCUUAUCCGGGGGUAACCGGUAAAACUUACCACCUUAAGCAACACUUCUUACCGCUUGAAGGGUCACUAAAAUUAAAAAAGUAGAUUUUAUAAAAAGGAAGUUGUGAUCUGACCGGAUUCUCACAAGGAAAAUACAUAUAAAUAUAUAUAUGGAAAAGUACUAAAGUAUACACAGAUUUUCUUUUUAUGGGCCACGCAUUUUGGAAAGAGAACAUUGAAGACUUAGUAAAAUUAUUGGAAUCAAACAUUUUAAAUUGUUGUCUUUAGCUAACAAUGGCCAAUUUGUGUAAAAUAGGUUUCAAAAUGAGGGAAUGAUGUUUCAGAGAACUUAGCUCCUAAAUUUCCCAGCAAGGGUGGUGCCAUGUCCCUUACUACACUACACCCUCCCCCCUCCCCAUGAAAGUGUGCCUCUGGUGCAUAUUUUUUGCCUUACUGGCUAUGAAUGGUCCCUUACCUGCUGAGUUAAAAAUUAGCGAGAACACUGCCAUUAGGUUUGAGAGAUUGUGAUUUAUCCCAUUUUCCCAUUUUGUAUCAAGUUGUUUACACUGAAGAUACAGUUUUUACUAAGGGUCAAGGGAAAUGGUUUUUAAAAACUUAAAGUAAUUCAUUCUUUUUCCCAUACCUAUAAAGUUUGCCAUUUCUUUACCAAGCCUUUUUUAACAUUUAGGCAUGAUAAAUGGCCAGCUAUCUGUGCGUCCCUCAAAAAUUGUGGCUGGCCAUGAACCUGAAAAGACAAAUGAGUUCUUACAGUCAAUGGGCACAGCAAUUUUGAACAAAGUAAGUUAAACUAUACUAUCUCUUUCUUUAUUCCAGUAUGAUUGUGUUAAUACAUGGUGUGAAAUAUCUGUUACAAGUCAAAAUUUAUUUAUUUAUUUAUUUAUAACAACUUUAUUUGUAAUAAUCAAUACAAAAAGACUGCCAUCAGGGAGGAACUGAAUCCUCAUGUAAGAUGACCCCCUAAAAAUAUCUACAAAGCUAUUAAGGAAAUAUAAGUCAGAUAAAGACUAUUAUAAUGUAAGAAGAAAUGUAAAAGAUAUCACUAAAAUAUAUUUAUUAAUAAUGGAGUUAUUAAAAUUAUCUAAUUAUCAAAUUAGAUAUGCAAUUGCAACAAUUUUAUAUUCAUUACGUACUAGUUAAAAAGUGUUCUCUUAAGCCCUUUUUAAAUUUUGACAAUGAAUCGGCACAUAUUAGAGAAUCUGGUAACGAGUUCCAUUUAUCUAUAUAUCUAUGCCAGAAAGAGAAUUUUAAAAUAUUAGUUCUUGAAAAAGGUUUCCAAAUCUUCCUACUAUUUCUUGAUCUAGUGCUAGCACUAGAGAAAGAUAAAUAAUUGUCAAGCUUAACUCUCGAGAAACCAUUAAUAAACUUAAAUAAUUGAAUUAUCGAUAGAUAUUCCCUACGGGACUUAAGUUCCAUCCAACCGAGGUAUUGCAGACGUUUGGUAUAAUCAAUAGGUCCACCAAGGAUCCAGCGUGAGACAUUUCUUUGGAUUAACUUCAGUUUAAAAUUUUUUAAAUCAUGUUGAUAUUCAAUUUACUUUUUCUCUUAGCCAUAAUUCAUGAAUAAUUAUUAGGGCUAGCUAUAGGAGACAAAAGAAAAUUGAGCAUUAACCUAAGUUAAAAAAUUUAAACCUGAAGUUAAUUUUGGCCUCUAACAUAUCCACUAAUAUGUGAUGUUUUACAGUUUCAGCUAUAGAAAUUAUGCUGCUACAUUGCAGUAGAGGAGUGAAACAGAAAAAUUUUGGUUUAAUUAGUUUCCUUCAACAGUACACUUUACAAAGACUUAAACUAGCUUUUACCAAUUCAAUUUACUGUAAGUUGUUUCUCCACUUGUAGAAAAGCAGCUCUGAUGCAGUGAAAAAAGUAUUAGCAGGAGAAAAGCCCGGUAAAGAGUCAAGGUAAAAAAAAUAUUUAUUGUCAAAAUACAUUUAGGCAAGCCUGUUCAUGAAUUAGUGAUAUUCAAAGCAAUUAAGGAACAAUUAAAAUUUAUUGAGUGUCCCUCCUUUGGCUUCAAAAUUAAUAUGCUGUAUGUAUUAAUGUGAAUGUCCCUGUAUUUUGCAGGUAAAGAAAAACUGAACUCAACCCAAGUACAUAAUUCUCAGAAAUUUACUGCUUCAGAUUAACCAACCCCCCCUCCCCUCCCCUCCCCUCCCCUCCAUCAUACUCCCCUCUGGAAUUUCCAACCCCUUCUACAGGACAGAUAGUAACAUUUAAAGAUGCAACUAGAUAAAAAGAGUCAUAGUCCAUGCUAAAACCUCCAGCCUGUUUAUCUCAAAUUGGGCCAGAAAUUUUAGCCCUGUCAAACAAGCUGAAAAGCAUCUAUGUAAUUUGAGAAGACAUGAACUUGUCGUACACACUGCUCUGCUUUUGAACCAAGAUCUUUUCUGGCAGAUUUUCCCACCCAGUUUGAAUUAUUGCACCUGCGUUGAAAUUGCUAUGUACGGUUAUCUCAAUCACAGAGUGAAAUUUUAUCUCAGGUUGAAGUUACACCAUGUGUAAUUGGUGCCUAUGCCCAAUGUUAUUUUUAGUGAUAGCAAAAGAAAGGAAUCAAGAACUGGAAGUGGAGGUAAAGAGAGAGAAAGAUCAAAGGAACGGGACAAAACAGAGAAGGAAAGAGAAAAAAGUAGAGAUAGAGACAAAGAGAAUGAUAAAGACAAGGACAGGCGUAAACAGGUAUUUUGUUUAUGUUGAUUUUCAGCUGAGCUCCACCCACGCACUUUGCACAAGCGAGCGGAACCCCACAGCUAAGAAAAUUUGGUUAUUUAAUUCAUAUGAGAUAUUUUGGUAGUCAUGUGUCACUGACCAUAUGUCCCCACCAUGGGGCAACCACUGUGAAAUCUCACUUUUUCUAAAUAGUGUGGGGAGCCUGUGACCUGAUAUUGUGAAUCCAUGUUGUGGUCAAUAUAAAAUUAUUGAUAACUGUCAAAACAGGGUAUCUGCUGACCAGUAUCACAUACUGUAUCAUGGGCUCAGGUGUCAACCCAUUGAGGUUAUGUGUUUUUGAAGUUAUCCGCUGACAAGCUACUGGUUUUUACCAGUGGAUUUCUUUGCAAGGUUACAAGUUUAUUGUUUGAAGUAAAGCUCCUGUUAAUAAAUUUAUAAUAAUUAUUAUUGUAUAUUUAUUAACUGGAGCUUUGCCUUUAGCCAUGGUUUAAUCCAUACAGUAUUAUUUUUCUAACAUUCAUCAUGCAGUAUCUUGUAAAUCAAAAUGAAAUUGAGUUUAAAGUUUCCUUUGACAAAGUUAAAUUGGAGAAAAGUUUGAACCACAAUAGAUAACUGAGUUUUGAAUGAUAACAAAAGUUUUCAGCUAAUAGCUUACAUUAUAAUAUUAUGUACUUCUACUCAUGGCAAGCCAGACCACUAAAUCUAGAUUACCUCCAGUGGAUGUGCAUGAAUUGUGAUCUAGGCACUCAUGAACUUGAGUGGUUCAGAUUCUUCAUGCACCCCCCUCCCCUCCCGAUGACUUUGGCCAGUGUUUUGAACACUGGUCACAGGGCUUGAAUACCACUGCUUUUCCUAACACCGCUUUUUAUCACUAUAGAUUCUUGGGGCUUCUCCCAGAAAAAUUACGUGGAGUGCGAAAACCAUGUUUUGUGCCAUUAAUGUGAAAAUAUUAUUGUAGAGUGAUGCUAAGAAAAAGGAUGGCUCUUCUAACAAGACAGAGAGCUCUGAUAGAAGAAAAAAAGAUGACUCUGCCAAACGGGAGAAGGAAAGAGAAGAAAGAAGUUCUGAAAAAAAUAGGGAAAAGGUAAAAGUACACAGAAAACACCAAUUCAAUGACUAAUGAAAAAGUGAAGAAAAUGUGGUUGGAUAUUAAAGAUUAUAAUAUUAUUAUAUUUCUUAUUAGUAUAAUUAUACACACUCAGUGAUCUUGGUGAUUUAAGCAAUCUGAUUGGUUCGCUAUCUCGGACUAUUCAACAAUAUUCACCUCCUAGCGACUGGAUAAUGUGUGAGCUGUGAAUAUUCCUGUUGUGAUGAGAGUAUUUAAACUGUGUAUGUCAGCAUGAAUGCUAAAACUUACAAUCAAAGGGAUUCAUAUAUUGGGUAAAUUUUGGGGGAGUCCAAUUUUAAUAUUAUUGCAGCAAAAUUUGUGUUUGAUUGGCUUUUUUUAAUGUGCUUUUCUUCUUGUUAGGCACCAAAGAAAGAAGAUGAUAUUGAUGUUGUAGACAGUGGAGCAGGUGUGAUAGAUGGAGAGCUUGAGGUAAAAAAUAUUGCCAUAACAUUUUAUUAUUAUCACAAGAAAUCUGUAACUGCCACUUAUCUGCUGGUUAUUAGAGCAAAAACAGUCAUGGUGAUGCAUGAAUUCAUCAACAUUUUUUCUCUCUCUGUCUACAGAAUGGAGAGCUACCUGCAAAUAGAAUACCAAGACCCUCCUCUGCCAAAGGUCAGAGACGCAGACCAUCAGGGGAGGGAGAGGGUAUGCUUGUGUGACAAAGCACUUAGAUAGUUAAUGAUAUUAAUGGGAAAGAAAAUUUGUUCAAAAUCUACUGAACAAAAUGUUAAGACUGUUGCCUGCAACCUUCAGUUUAGUUGAAUGUAUUGACAACUUGUUUAAAGUGUGGUUAAACUUUUUUUCAGCAACAUCCAUUUAAAGUUCCUUUACUUCUGUGUUGAACAAUUUUUAUGUUAGGAAAAUUUUGAAACAGUUUUAAUAGGCCUCUAUUUUGGCUUUAAGGCAGGUUUCCAACAAAAAUAUUGCAGCACUUGAUUACAGUUGAAACAUGACUGAAAGGAAACUACUCUCAAUUCUUUUCUCUCUCUUCUAAUUUGGAUACAAAAAAUAAUAUGAGACACUUUGCAGAUGGCAAUCUAUAGGCCUUAGGCCAUUCAAAUUUCAUACGUGUAGCAAAUUUCAAGAAUGAAAAGUGAUUUUAUUGGAACUCACUUGGAGAAGAACUCACUGCAGUGUUUUGUAUAGUAGAUCAUUUAACACUGUGGGUCCUCCUAGAGUGUGCCUGUCACAACAACUCUUCUUAACUAUUGUGUAUGUAUGGAGUAACAUAUUUCUGUUUAUUUCCUCAUUUUUAGAUUUGCAAGAAGGUGAAGUAAAUGGUAUGUAGAUAGAUAUAUAGAGGAUAUUACAUGGCUGCGCGGAGAUACAAAAUUUCCCUUUGAGUGCUGAAAAAUUUUUUCAACACUUGAUGACAAAUUUUGUAUCUCCAAGCAGCCAUGUAAUGUUAUAUGUAUUAUAUAAACACCAAUGAAAUACCAAACCAUUUCACUUUAAAUAGUUUUUUGGUGUGAAAGGUACGAUUAAUUAUGUAGCCAUAGCAAUGGUGAUCUUUUCACAAGUGAAGAUAACGUGUUAUUUUCACGUGUGAAGAUAUCAUGUUUUCGCGUGAAAGCUCAUUGGUGUUUAUAUAAUAAAAUUCAAUAUUCAUGAUUAGCUCAGCAUAAUCCUCUUUGUUAGAGGGAUAACUGAUUUUGUUAAUUCUCAAACAAGCUCUUACAAGGCAGAAUAGUGGCUGUAUUAAUGGUAAUUGUUAAUUUACAUGUGUAGUCAUGAUAAUGAUAACUUUAGGUUGCUUAAGUUUUUAAUUAACAGAAGUAAAUGUAUUUUAUUUACUCUUAAUCACAGGUCCUACCAUGAGUGAACAGGCCCGACCAACAGAAGAAAUGAAUGGAGUAUUGAAUCACGAGGAACUUCCCCCACAAGUAAUAAAAAGGUGUGGAGAAGAUUUUCAAAUAAUCUUGAGUUUUUAUUGUGCAAGGGAUUUUAAAUAAGUGCCACUCUCCAGUAAAAUUAUUAUGUAUUGUUAUAUGUUGCACUGACAAGUCAAAAAAUUUAAUAAAGCCUACAACACUCUUUCUUGUAAAUACCUUUAAUCCUGAAGGCUAUAGAUAUUUUAUAAUGUAAUGACGAUGUUUUUAAGUAAUUUGUUAUUGCUCGAUAUUUCUUCAUUAGUCGAAGCAUACCAAGGCCAAGCAGUGCAAGACCUGCUCCACCCAAGAUUAAAAAGCAGCAAGAAGAACUUGAAGAUCAAAUGGCCAGGUACUAGCUUUGCAAUAGCCUGAGAAAACAGCCGGCAUUUGGGGAUGCUACCACUGGUAUCUCCGCCAAAUGACGUCUGAGAAACGAGCACAGAAAUUCCAUACUGAUGAUGCGUCACUACCCAGAUCUGAGUAGUGCUUCUGAUUAGUUGAAUCAAAAUUCCCACAUGGCAUGACCAAUCAGAAGCACUGACCCAUGCCAAAAGCCAAAGAUGUACCAGCCAACCCUGAAGCAUCUUCAUCACACUCAAUCGCAAAAAGGGACAAAAAAACCACUGGAACCCGGGCAGGGUACUGUAACAGACAUGUCUAGUGGCAUUAGCAGCUUUUCAGCAAUGAAAAACAACACAUGUAUGUGUUACAAUUGUGGUUAGAGAAGUUGUACAAAUGUACCCUUUUCCCCUGACCUUGUCUUUUGAAGGUGCUUUCUUUUGACGACAUAUUUUCUUGUCUGACCUGUAGAAUUGGAUCAGGUAAGCAAGUUGCCAGUGUUAUUGUGGAUGAUGGAAAAGAUCAAGAAGAUGAGGAUGAUACUUUUGUGGUUGAAGAUGCGCAUGCAAUUCAAAAUGAUCUGGACAUGGUGAGUUCCAAUGCAAUGAAAAAAUAUUUACCUAUAAGCCCACCCCUAAGGGGCUGUUCACACUUACGUUUCCUUAGCACUGGAACAAAAUGGUGUCAGUUGUGCUCACGCCUUGGGUACUUAAUAUGCAACUAUGUACUUUUUUGCUCAAUUUUGCCUGGCUAGAGGCCAUUUUGAAAAUAAAAAAGCAUGGUGAGAAGCAAAGCGGUGGAUUGCCUCCAAACUAACAGAAAAUGUGUGCACAGAGAAACCUGGUGCCUGCUUCAGUGCCCCAGCACAAGUCAGCACCAUGCUUGAAUUGUGGGGUGGGCACUGGACUGAGUAGCCUGCGUAGCAGGCGCUUGGAAGUAGUGGGCACAAGAAAAAACGGGCGCGCGAGAAGGAGACACGCGAGGGGAGAGGAAGCGCCUGCACGGAAGGCCCCCGAAAAUCGUUUCCCGCCCCCUCUCUAAUUACUUGGCAGCCGUUGCGUGAUCUGUCAAAAGUUUUGACAGAAAACGACUGACCUAGCACAAACAAAGCAAGCCGCCAAAAAGAGUUGUACAUUUUAUCUUCGGUCUAAAUAUAUCUGUUAUAAAGAUCAGCUGGGUUAUCUGAUUAUGGAGCGAUGGAGCAAUAAACUGAUGGUUAACACACAGCUUUAAAUCGUUUUUUAACACCGGCACAAUAAAUAGGAAAUAACAAAGUCAAAACAGGGUAUCUUUUAAAGAAUGCAUGCUGUGUAUUAUAAAAACUAAAAAUAUUGUUCUGGUCAGACACCAACGAUCACAGCGUACGUGGAAAAUGAACAUUUUUCUUUUACUGCGCUAACUGGCAGCCGUUUUUGGAGCAGACAUGUCUUACUAAGCGGACCUAAACCUCAGAACACAAACUGUACCGACAUGCAUGUUUUCUACUGCAGUAAUGAGACAUAAACAACAGACCUCAGGUCGCCUCCGAACGGCGAAUAAUACUAUAGUGAAAUGUUUUUUUCAAAUUCAUGCCCCUGGUAAGUGUUUCAUUUCAUCAAUCAUGUCCAAAUUUUGAUGGUAUACGUUCCAUCGACAGCACAAGCCGUUAAGUUCUCCUGAGCAAAGAAUAUUUCCUCUGAUCUUCAUUGCAACGAUUCGACAAAUCUUUUGUCUCUCGCCACUUCUGUUGAUGCGUAUCCGAUGUCAAUUCUUUCCAUCGUGAAUACCGUUUGAACACUCCAACUUUUCUUUGAGAUUACAGCCACAUAGUCCCAUUAAACCAGAUUGAAGUGACCUCCGACACCUGAACUUCGAUUGUAUACAACUUAGUAGUUUCAGGACCCAGUGGUGUAAUGCAAGAUCUUCGCUACGUCGCCCAUGUACUAUUGAUUGACAGUUUUCUCGCCCCGCGCGGUUAAUUUUUCCCUCAGGAGCCUCUCGACCAAUUGGAAAUAUCCGCACUCACAGAGUGCGAGUUGAAACGAUUUUCGGGGGCCUUCCGUGCAGGCGCUCCCUCACCACUUGCGUGUCUCCCUCGUGCGCGCCCGUUCUCUCUUUCGCCCGCUACUUCCAAGCGCCUGCUACGCAGGCUAUGGACUGAGAGGUGUGUUGACAGGUCGUCUUAUUAGGGCUCAGAGAGUAGUGUCCUUCGGCACUGUGCCCAUGGGCACCAAGUGUGAGCAAAGCCUUAAAGUUAACAGUAGGAAUUCAUUUUUCUGUUCUAGUUUGAUAAGUGUUAUGAUUGAACCGGGUUGUAACUAAUUUGUUGUUAUUUUACUGUUUAAUUUUACAGACACCCGCAGGGGAGGUGGCUGAGGAUGAUGGUGAACAUGGUAAGUCUGUGUAUGUUGUACAUAAUCACACAGGCAAACCAAUGAAAUUGCCAAUGACAGCUUAUUAUAACCCCGUGCCCUGUACUUGGAACAAUAGUUUUGUUUCAUUCAUGUCCAUUUCAAUCAGCUAAUAAAAUGGUAAAAGUGAUUCAUCCAGCAACUGAUGCUGUAAAGCUGAACUAGUUAUUAAAAAUAUGUUGCCGUUUUCCAGGGGGACUCGUUAGGGAAAUUCUUAAAACAAAGAAAGAACUUGAAGGAGGUGGAAACCAAGAAGCAAGACCGAGACAGGUAAGUUUCAUUUUAUUACGUCUUUGCUAUACUCAAUUGUCUCUUCAUUCUAUAACCAGAGUUUCAGCGAGAUUAAAAACAGCAGUUAAAUCAAGUGUCAUGUUUGUCCUCAUCGAUGCAUUUUAGAGUCAAUCUAUCUCCAACAUAAAAGGCAUGCGUUGUAAUAAAUACACACGCGCAUGUGUACUGUAUAAUGAAUAUUUUCAUAUCUACUUUGCAGGAACGACAAGCACCCAUUAUGUCUGAUGCUGCAAGAAGGAAAGAAAGAGAGCUCGCCCAGAAGGAGGUGAGUACAAAGGAGAAAGUCGCAUUUUAAUUGUUCUCUAAUUAUUGUGGUGGUUACACCAUCAAAUUGUCACACUACAAAGUGUUGAGCACUUUGAGGGCAACCAUCUUUUUUGCCUCAAUGCUUCAUGGUCUGUUGUUCAGAGAGUUGCCGGAAGAAAGAAUACACCAGCCAUCCCCUGAUGGUAUCGGGUCGUUUCGCCUGAAGGUCGGUUCGCCCGAUAGCAGUUCACCCAAACUAAGUCGAUUCGCCCGAAGCGUAUUUGUCGUUCUUUGAGCCUGAAAAAAAGGGAAUAAGCAUGGAAAGACAGUGACUGCACAUGUGGAAUCCAGGGCUAACUCAAAUAACAUCUCGAAAGGUAUGUUCAUCAUGUUGUAUGUCAUCGGGCGAAUCGACUUAUGUCUUCAGUGUGUCUUGGCGAACGCCGUCCGGCGAAUCGAAUCGAUUUUCGGGCGAAACGACCGCAUUUCCCCCUAAUGACUUAGGAAGAGUUUAAACGGUCUUAUUGGGUAAUGUUCUUCGUGUUGAAAUCGUGAGUGUUGUUCAAUAGUGGCUUAGUAGAAGACGUUACUUUGUUUCUUAAUAUAUAGAUUUAGCCAGGGCUAAAAGCGAAGCUCUGGUUAAUAAUACGUGUAAACAAAAAAAUUAAAUCAUGUGGCGCUAAACGGGGGACGACAAUGAAAAUGGCUUCAAGAGUAAUAGAUCUAAUUAGCAAAAAAAACAAAUUGCACGUGCAGCCACUUUUUCUUCUAAUUAGCAAAAAGCAAAUUUGCACGUGCAGCACUCUUUUCUGUCUUUCCCUUGCCGUUGUUUUGCACGACUACAACACUGUUUUGUACGAGUAAAACAUCAAACUUCCUAGUUACACAAUAUUUUUAUGGAAAAAUUGUCGUAUGUGCUUACCCAAUAUUUUGUUUCCAGUGUUCAUGUUCGCUUUUAUUUUUCACUGCCGCUCAUUUUCACCUUGCUGGCCGCCAGCAUUUCUCAUUUUCUCACCGCCGCUUUGAAUUUCCAUGUUUUUGUUCCAACGAAUUUUCAAUAACUCGCUCUAGCUUUUUCUCUGUUAUCCACGUUAGUGUACACACAAAAAAUAACGCCGAAAAAAGACACGACUUUUUUCUUUUUACAAGUCCGUUCGGCCAUGUGAUUUCCUUACAAAUAAAACCUUGAGUUGCAUUUGGGUUCCCAUACCUGUUGAUUGAGUUAUUUUACAUUGGUAUCCGUGUGGUGCGGACGGACGGUCGUACGGUCACGUGAUUACCAAAUUUUCUGGGAUGGGUAGAUUACCACAUUUCCUUAGCUAUGGGGCUCCGCCCACGCGCGCGCUUCGCGUGCGGGUGGAGCUCCGCUAUUAUUUGCUCUGAUUCUACAAAGAGACUUACACUUGCAAGCAUUGAAAAUCUUGCGCCAUCCUCGUGGGAGACGAUUUUCCGUACCCUUUUGCUUUACGCUUGCCUUAUCAUGUCUGAGAAAAGUAUUGUUAUGAUUAGAAUUGGGGAAAUUGUGUCUAAACAUGACUCCUUUUUACCUUUUUACAAUUUGAAAAUGGCCAUGUCUAGGCGACGCUUCUCUCGCGUGAGGCAAUUUUUCCGCGCGCUGUGACGUGUGCUCAUGUGCAUACUUGUAGUCAAGAAACAACCUCCUGUGAACAGGCUCUCUUGUAGGUCACUGACUAAGAAAUAAGUGCAAAUUAUGAUGUCUUCAAAACGUACUAAAAUCGGUCACUAGUUUCAAGACGUUCCCCUUUCUGUUAUAUGUUUUGUCAGUGGUGUGAAGGGGUGUAUGUCGUCUCACAAUUAAUUUUGCUUUUGGUCCAUUUUAGAUAGAGAAACUAAGAACUAGUAUUCAGACAUUAACAAGAAGUGCAAAUCCACUUGGAAAAAUAAUGGAUUAUAUACAGGUAUGGAAAUCAUAAUGAUAAUUAAAGAGGAAUUCCUUGAUGUUAUAAGAAAUUCUACCUAAUAUAGCGAUACGAAAUGUAUGUUGAAUGCUGUGGAGAAUAUGUAACUGUGUUCAUUUUAGAACUUGAAUUUGGAACUAAAGUUUGUCAAGAGGACUGUUUUGGAAACAAUUAACUGUUUUAGUUUCUUAUUUCUUUUCUUCGUUGAUUUUAUUUGACUUCUUAAUUUAUUUUCCUUUUGUAGGAAGAUAUGGAUAGCAUGCAAAAAGAACUAGAUCUUUGGAGAAGAGAAAAUGUAGACCACGCAAUAGCUUUAAAAAGAGAAGAGAGGUGAGUUUCGUUGUCAAACGUUACUGAACCGGUAUUGAAGUGAGAAAUAUCCUCUAGUUAUAAGGAAGGGCAAAUGCUACCUAGUAAAUCAUGGUUCUUGGAAAGUUUUGAACUGAUCUCGGGAUCUUAGAAGCGUUUGUAAUGCAUUUGGAAAUGUCUUUUUUGUAUGUUUCGAUCCAUCUUGGAGUGUUAGACUUUUUCCACCAGUCUCGCAUGUUGGAGAGAUUUAGCAAAUACAACGUGUCGACCACGACCACGGCGUGCGCAGAUCUAAAAACCGAAUUGACCAAUAAAAGAGCGACAAAUUGUGCCCCGGAAGUCGGGUUCAGUCCUUUCUACGCGUUUCACGUUCUCAUUCGAGGUUGCGUUGUCUUUGCUAAAGGGUCCCUGACGGCUCAUAUGUGUAAACUCUUGUCAGUAGUAUGAUAAUAGCGUUUAAAAUGUAAGUAUUAUAGCGGAAGUAAUUGAACCUGGUACUUCCGAGAAACGACUCCAUCGAAAUGGUCAAUGUGGCCGGACUGAUCAUUCGUCCACGCUUCCUCCCUAUUAUGAUUAAGCCCGAACUUGUUUUUGCUGAACUAGCAUUAAAGGCUGUUUUUUUUUUCAUAUAUAGCAUAACAGAGAGUGAGAUAGCACCCUUAAAAUCACAGCUUGAAGAACUAGACACUGAAAUAACAGAAAUGGUAAGGAAGUAUCCUUGUUUUGUAAAACCCAUAGCAACUAACUAAAACUUAGCCUCCCACGCAGGCAUUUUUAGGGGAGCUCGUUUUUCUUGAAAAAAAAAAACGAAAACUGGGUCAACCUAAUAAUGAGGUUUUAAUUGUUCAAUUAUUUAGUUAUUUGUUUAUUGAGCCCAGCGCAGCAAAACUUCUUAAAGUGUACUGUCGAUUUGUAUACUGAUUGUGAGUUUUUUUUCUUAUUAUGUUUUGUGUAUGGUAAUUGUGUGAUUGCUGUAGUAUUGUAUUGCUACGCUUUGUAAAUUGGCCUCAUUUUUCAACUUUAAGGUGUUUUUCCCUUCCUUUCUCUUUUCCAGGUCGACAGGAUAAGCACAGUAAAGUGCAACAUUUUGAGAAAUGACGAAAAGAUACAAAAAAUGCUCUCCAGCGUAUCAAUCACAACAAGAUGAAAAGAGCUGGUGCAUAUCUUGUAUAAAUGUAACAUAAAACCUUCUUCAGAGAUGUACAAAGGAACCCAGAGUCUUGAGUAUUUAUUUUACUGCGAAACGUUCACUCAGAUGGAAUAAUGGAGAGCUGCUUCAGUCAACUACACAACUGCUUUCCGUUCGUACGCACAAGAGACGAAUAGUCCGAGCGAAAUAUUGUCAAGUACGGUACUUGAGAAUAUUUCGCUGAUAAUGAUGAUGGCGAUGAUCAGAUUGUGGCUGUGACAUCACAUACAACAGAAUCACCAUUCCAAAGUGUUUGUUUUGACGAAGUGGAACACUGACUCAGUCGUUUGGUGAAGACUAAAUUAGCCUUCUUUUGGUGAAGUUGGUUUCGUCCGCGAACACGAAAGCCCUAUCUUGGCGUCGUUAACAGGGGUCAGCGGGAGUUAAGAAGAAUUCUUCCGCGAAAGUGCGCUUGGUCAGUUCCUGUAUCUUUCAAAGAUGUCAUCGAUGAAGCACCUGACUUUGUUGGACCCAACUGGGAUUUAUAAGAUACAGCAUUACUUUCAAACAUCCAACCCAUACGAUUCAAAUCAAUAUUUUACAUGUUCAUACAACACGGUGAGAAUACCCAAGGAAUGCGUAACAAGUACCAAUUCUGGUCAUUAGAGGUCUACUGUAAAGAAAAAAACAAACAAAAUAUAAUUUAAUAUAAUGAAAUGACGCUAAAGACGUGCAAGAAAAACAGUUGAACAGAAAACCUCACCCACAUAUCGCCAUUGGAACGUGUAGGGUAAAAACAAGUUGCUGAACGCUUUUAUAUGGUUCAAAGUAAAUUUGAGAGUGCUUCGGAUCCACAGUAAUAUUAUUCAACUGAACUUGCACAAACGAGAUAAAAUAUUCAGUCGAUGCCUAUUUGUGGCUUAAACACAGACUACAAGUUGUAUAUAUAGUUUACGGUUCUGUGUAGUGUUUUCGGUUAUGAUUUUAAUAUAACUGGCUCCUUACGCCUUUGUAUCACCGAUUAUUUUGACUCUGACCUA